UAAUCCUAAAUUUGUCAAAUGGACCGCCUUCCGCCGGCCAGCCAGCCAUCCGCUAGCAAUUAAGCUCCCCGCUGCGCACGGACUCCGAUAUUUUUUUACCAAGUCCAAUACCGUCCCAAGUUCAAUCCCUCUCUCACCUUUCGCAGAUCCACACGAACUCGUUGAAAUGGGCGCACCAGGUAUUACAGGUCGCACAAGACCUACAAAAGUCAAGAAACAGAUUUCGGCACAAAAGCGGAAACGGGAAGACGUUGAUACCGAGAAAUUGGAGCAGGCUGUUGCGGAGCUUGACAUCAAGAAUGGCGCGUACAAGGAUUUCACCGAUCUCCCUCUUUCCGAUCCUACCAAACAAGGCCUCAAAGCGUCGCAUUUCGCCGUAAUGACCGAUAUCCAAUCCAAAGCCAUACCGCUUGCUCUCGCUGGUCACGACAUCCUUGGUGCAGCAAAGACGGGCAGUGGAAAAACCCUUUCUUUCAUUAUACCUGUCUUGGAGAAUCUGUACCGUUUGCAACAUGUUGGCACCGAUGCCGGAUUGGGAGCGUUGAUCAUCUCUCCGACUCGAGAACUCGCUAUUCAGAUCUUCGAGGUGCUGUGCAAGCUGGGACGGCAUGGACAUAUGUUUGCGGCGGGCUUAGUGAUAGGUGGAAAGAGUUUGGAGUCUGAACGACAAGCCCUGACGAGAAUGAACAUCCUGGUCGGCACACCUGGGCGCAUCUUACAACAUCUGUCGCAAACCUCCGGAUUCAUGGUCGACGAUCUAAAGAUGUUGGUCUUGGAUGAAGCCGAUAGAAUUCUCGAUAUGGGCUUCCAAAAAGACGUGGACGCCAUCAUCGAGUAUCUACCCAAAGAAAGACAGACCCUCCUCUUCUCCGCCACGCAGUCGAAGAAGGUUUCCGACCUCGCACGACUCAGUCUUCAGGAUCCAGAAUACGUCUCUGUACACGCCGAGGACAAGAGCGCGACCCCAAAAACCCUGCAACAAAACUACAUCAUCUGCCCCCUGGAGGAAAAGCUUGACACGCUCUGGAGUUUCAUACAAUCCAGCAAGAAAUCCAAGAUUGUCUGCUUCUUUUCCUCUGCGAAAUCAGUUCGUUUUGUCUACGAGUCAUUUCGUCAUAUGCAACCUGGUAUUUCACUGUUACAUAUCCACGGCCGCCAGAAGCAAGGAGCUCGGUUGGAUGUGACUGCGAAGUUCGCGGCCGCAAAAGCUGCGUGUCUGUUUGCUACGGAUGUAGCUGCGCGGGGUCUCGAUUUCCCGGCUGUGGACUUUGUGAUUCAAGUUGAUUGCCCAGAAGAUGUGGACACGUACAUUCAUCGCGUUGGUCGAACGGCUCGUUAUAACCGUGAGGGUCGCGGUAUUCUUUUCCUCGCACCGAGUGAGGAGGAGGGCAUGCUGAAGCGACUCGAAGCCAAGAAAGUGCCAGUCGAACUCAUCAACGUGCGCCAAAAGAAGAAGCAAUCCAUCAAAAGUCAAUUGGUGCACAUGCUUUUCAAGGACCCUGAGCUCAAGUACCUGGCGCAAAAGGCUUUCGUCACAUACACAAAGUCUAUUUAUCUACAGCGCGACAAGACUGUGUUCAACAUCAAGAACCAUGACCUGGAAGCAUAUGCUGCUAGCUUGGGUCUCCCUGGUGCACCAAAGAUCAAAUUCCUCAAAGACGACCCGAGCAAACAGAAGAAGCAACAGUCAAGACAAGAACUCGAGGUUCCUGAGUUGUCCGAUGAAGACGUGGAGGAAUUGGAGAAGAAGGCUGCCAAACCUGUACGCACCAAGUAUGAUCGUAUGUUCGAGAGACAGAACCAGGAUGUCCUUGCAGAUCACUACAAGAAACUCGUCAAGGAUGACGACGAGGAUACAAGAGACUCUAACGACGAGGAUGAUUUCAAUGGCAAUACCGCGACAGCUCAAGCAGAUGAUGACGACUUUAUGACAGUCAAGAGAAGGAUACGAGCUGACGAGGACGGAGCUAUCGAGCAAGGGGAAGAUGAGGAUGAAGAUUCAACAGCGCCUCGCGCCAAGGUCGUCAAUAUCCAAGGCGCAUCACAACCCAUCAUUAUCGACAGCAACCGCCGCGAGAAACUGCUCAAGUCGAAGAAGAAGCUUCUCAAGCUCAUGGACAAGGGCAAGAAGCUUGUCUACGACGAAGACGGCAACCCCCAUGAGGUUUACGAGCUCGAGGACGAAAAUGACUUCCUUGCCAAGGGCCUACCGGAAGAGCAGAGACAGAAAUUCAUCAACGCUGCCAAGGAAGUGGUCGCGCAGGCCGAUGUGGAAGACAAAGCCACAGCGAAGGCCAAGAGAAAGGAGAAGUUGCGCAAGCGCAAGGAACGCGAGCGUGCGGGCCACGACGUCAGCGACGACGAAGACGACGAGGAGGGAGGCGUGCAGAUUCCGGAUACUGGCGAGGAUGCAUUGGCAAACUUCAGAGCCGAUUUCGCGCACAGUGACGACGACGACGACGAGGAUGUAAAUAUGGUGGAUGACGAAGAGCAAGAGCCCAAGAAGAAGGCGAAGAAGUGGUUCCAGUCUGAUUCUGAGGGUGAAGAGCGGAAUAGUAAGAAGCGCAAGAAGGGGAAGAGGAACAAUGCACCUGUGGUGCAAGAGCCGGAAACGUUGGAGGAUAUGGAGGCUCUUGCGGCUGGGCUGCUCGAUUAA